GCUCGCCGCCGCCGCCGCCCUCGGCCCGGCGCCCGGCAUGUGAGCGCGGGCGGCCGCCGCCACCAUGGCCUCGCCGCGCGCCCCGCGGUGGCCACCGCCGCCGCUGCUGCUGCCGCCGCUGCUGCUGCUGCUGCUGCUGCCGCCGCCCGCCGCCCCCGGGACGCGGGGCCCCCUCCCCUCCCGGGCCCACCGCGCGCUCCUCCCGGCCGCGGGGCCGCCUCCGUCGCCCGGCCCCGGACACGCGGCCCCCGGGCCGGGCUUGGCCACACGGAGGUCCGGACGUUCCGGCCGGGUCCCCCGAGGCGCCGCCACUGCCAGGAACCAUUGGCCAGAAAGUACCAACACUGAACCCCACCUAGGAAAUAGCCCCCUUUAUCAGAGUCAAGAGGACGCCUCAGGUUCCAGACAGGGAGUGACAGCUCAGACUGCCCAAAUGAGCCACGGUUCUUCAGAAGCCCCAGGAAACCCAUCCUUCCUGCCGGAGACAAGUGCUGAGGGGAGGAACAAGUCUUCCAGGAGUGCAGGCGUCACGGCUCUGCGCGCUGGACGCUCGCCUGAGAUCACCACAGCCCUGACCGCCCACGGCAGCUCCUCCUCCUUGGAGAGCUUUCCGCAGUCACCCAGCAGUCCCAGGUCAGAAGGAAGAAUCGCCUCUUCUCAAACAGAGCCUGGGACAUCCCCAGGCUUCCUGGAGAGGGGGAGGGAAGCCCCAGAAGAAGGCACUGUGCACACACAAAUGGCUGGCACCUGGCUUUCCAGCCAAGCCUCCCUUCACGCUCUGGAACCUAGGGAGCCGACUGUGUUCUCCCGAAAGAGAACCUCAUCGGGCCAGGAGCACUCCGGGCUGCCAUUCUCCUGGACCCAGAGUGGCCCUCCUUCCUCAGACCAUCCCGCCUCUUCCGGAAGUAUAAAGAAGAGUCUUAAUAACUCCACCUCUCUCCAAAGCUCUUCAGUCACCCAGACGAAGAGUACACAUGUCACCAGUACAUUCACGAACGGUGUCCAAAGAUUGCUCCAGUCUUUGACUGUCGGUGUGGAACCUAUAAAUGAGACAGAGAGUUCCUCUGAGCACUCCAGACUUGCCAUAACUUCAGCCUCAGUCCACUCUUCACCCUCUGGGGUAGACUCAAGGACAAACAGCAGACCAGCUGAGAGUCUGGGAGAGGGAGAAGGCACCGAGCCAUCUACAGAACAUGGAUAUGGAUUUCCAUCCAUACGCUGGCAAAGCGAUUCUCCCGCUUUUGGAGGACAUCAGCUUGCCAGCAGCUCAGAAGAAAGAAAUGGAAGUGCCGUGCCUCUGACUGAGACUAUGUUUAGGUCAGUCCCAUCUGCUGGUGACAGAGAGAGCCCAGGAUUGUGGUUCCCCGCCAAGAAUGAAACAUCCACAGAUACGGCAGAAAGCCCGGCUUUGCAUCCAGAAGCUGGGAGCACAGAGGUUUUGACUCAGUCCUCACACACUGCGCAACAGCCCCAAGGUGGUGGCUCAGGGUUGGGUGGGAGGAGCUACUCAGAGUCUUCCUCCUCUUCCUCUACAUCUUCCUCCGAAAAUCUGGAUUCCUCAGCACCGCGUGGAGAACACCCAACUCCGGGAGACGGCGCGUUGCUGCGUGACAGCUGGGACCUGGUGGAGAGUACUUCCGGAGGACGCUCCCCGCACGUGCACACGUCCGCGAUGCUCCCCCGAAGCGGGGAGCGCACGUUGCGGUCCCUCAGCUUCUCGAACUCGGCGACCCACCCGGCGCGCCCCACCCCGCACGAGAGCGUGACGGAGCACGCGGGCCUGCUGUCUGGGGCACCUGCCCUCGGAGUCACUAGACUCAGCUACAGUCAGGAGCGCGGCUCAGACGCUGAGCAGAGGACUUCCGGCGACCACACGGACCACGCCUAUGUUUCACCUACCUUCACCAAGGGAGAAAGGGCGUUACUGUCCAUCAGGGAUAACUCUUCCUCCUCAGAGGCCAGCGAGAGCUCAACCUCUUCCGUUAGGAUCUCAGACUCUCCACGCUUAGACUCCUCCUCCCCUUCUCAGGCUCAGGCUGAAAGAACGAACGUGCCGUCCUCCUACGAUGGCGACCCUGCUCUGUCUUCCACCGAGCCGCUGGUCCUGCAGACAUCCGGCCUUCCAUCCUACGCAUCCACCGUUCGCAUGCCAGACACACUGGUUCUUGAUGCCAGUACCAACCCUGCUGAGGACCCAUCUGAUGCAGGGGCCCCUUCACCUCUACCCUCACUGUCACUGCCCCACCCGUUCUCACCGACCUCACCAUCAGCUGGGUCCCCCGCCCAGCAGCUGAAGUCUACCUCUGCCCCGACCACGCCUUUGCCACCCUCACCGUCGCCAUUACCUAUCUCCUUGACGGUGUCGGCUCUUGCCCCACCCUCUGCCUCACAGACCACCUUCCCACUUCCAUCCUCUGCCCUUGCCCCUCACAGGGCCAGGGAGCCACGGGUGACUUCAGUGCAGAUGUCAACCGUGGCGCCGGCCAUCGCGCUGUUCCCCAUUAACCAAACAGCGGACCCUAAGAACCAGGGCACCCCACAGCAAGAGGAAACCACCACAGAGGCAAAGUCGCCAGGCGUGGUGGCUCUGCCCACAGACUCUACCAAAGCAGUAACAGCGAGCCUCCCUCCAGGGACCCCGUGGUCCCCAGCCUUAAUGGGGCUCUCCACAGAGCCAGCCACAAGCACCAGCUUAGUCCAGACGUCUCCAGCGUCGACAGCUGCCAUGCCUCAGACUACUCAGCCUCCUGUCACCAGUCCCAGGACCCUGUCAAGUACGGAAGCUUUUACCCCAGGCUCCGGCACUGUCCACACUACUCCAGAGAAACAGCUCCUGCCCACCGAUCCUGAAAUUCUAGGUUCAACGGAAGGGGCCGUCACCAUGGAACAGAGCCAAGUACCUGUGGAUCGAACCACUCACUCAGUCCUUCUGACCACCACAGCCAUCUCAGCAGAGGAAGUGACCACAAGGCUUGACCAUGCAGAGGAGUCCAGCCCAGUGUCACAUUCUCUCAGAACGUCUUCACCUCAAACCACAGGUGUCUCUACAGCUGCGGUGUUGACUUCCAGAUAUACCACCUUUGCUGCUCAGAGCACCCCACCACCGUCACCGACAGCAUUGUCGCCUCCAACCUCAGUCCACAGCUGUACCGUGAAUCCUUGUCUUCAUGGUGGCGAAUGCGUCGUGGACCUCACCGGUCGUGGGUAUCGAUGUGUGUGCCCGCCCGCCUGGCAAGGGGACAACUGCAGUGUGGACGUGAACGAAUGCCUGUCGAGCCCCUGCCCUCCCCUAGCCACGUGCGACAACGCUCAGGGAUCCUUCACCUGCAGAUGUCCAGUCGGCUAUCAGCUGGAGAAAGGAAUAUGCAAUCUGGUUAGAACCUUCGUGACUGAGCUUAAGUUAAAGAAGACUUUUCUCAAUGCCACUGCGGAAGGCCAUUCCAACAUCCAUGAGGUGGAAAACGAGAUCGCUCAAACAUUAAACGUGUGUUUUUCAACACUGCCUGGUUACAUCCGCUCUACAGUCCAUGUGUCCAGAGAGCCCAGUACAGCGGUCAUCUCUCUGCAAACCACUUUUGCCUUGGCCUCCAAUGUGACACUCUUUGACCUGGCUGACGGGAUCCAGAAAUAUGUCAACUCCUGCAGGUCCUCUGCUGAAGUGUGCCAGCUCUUGGGGUCUCAGAGACGGAUCUUCAGAGCGGGCAGCCUGUGCAAGCGGAAGAGUCCAGAAUGCGACAGGGAGACCUCCAUCUGUACCGACCUGGAUGGCGUCGCACUGUGCCAGUGCAAGUCCGGCUACUUUCAGUUCAACAAGAUGGAUCACUCCUGCCGAGCGUGUGAAGAUGGAUAUCGGCUUGAAAAUGAAACCUGUAUGAGUUGCCCAUUCGGCCUCGGUGGUCUCAACUGUGGAAAUCCCUAUCAACUCAUCACUGUGGUGAUCGCAGCAGCGGGAGGCGGCCUCCUACUCAUCCUGGGCAUUGCGCUUAUUGUGACCUGUUGCAGGAAGAGUAAAAACGACAUAAGUAAACUCAUCUUCAAAAGCGGGGACUUCCAAAUGUCCCCAUAUGCCGAGUACCCCAAGAACCCUCGCUCACAGGACUGGGGCCGGGAGGCCAUUGAGAUGCACGAGAACGGAAGCACCAAAAACCUCCUACAGAUGGCAGACGUGUACUGUUCGCCCACAAACGUAAGGAACCCUGAACUUGAACGCAACGGACUGUACCCAGCCUACACUGGACUGCCUGGGUCUCGGCACUCGUGCAUUUUCCCGGGACAGUAUAACCCAUCCUUCAUCAGUGACGAGAGCAGGAGGAGAGACUAUUUCUGAGUCCAGGAGAGAAGGGGGCGGAGGUCGUUUCUCUGCGCCACCUCCCCUGGCCACUGGCUGGAGGACUGUGCUGGAAGGGAGCACCGUGCUCCCCGGACUCAUCAGAGCCAUGCUUGAGGGGCGUGACCACAGUGGAAGGGACAGAUGGAUGGCGGAACCCAGGCCACUCGGUCCGCACCGUUGUUACUGUGAACAUGGGCGUGGGCCAGGACCGAGUCUCUGAAUGCCCGGCACGUAGAACUGGGUGUCUUCUGCAGCAGACCACUGGGCAUCAUUUCCAGGACCCAGUUGCCCCUUAAUUUGCACUUUAAUGGACUGAGCAGGGAGGUUUUAUUUUGGUGUCAUUCCCAGACUGUCCCUGAAAGCCUUCCACUUGGGUGGUUGAUUGGCAGCCAGGCGCUGGCACUGUUGGUUUCCUGCCUGGUGCCUUUGUGCUGAACAGAUGGAGGUGAGCAAUUCCGCUGUGAUCUGCCGUCAGGGGCAUAGUGUUUUAAGGUUCCUAGGUCGUCUGUGCUCAUUUCCAAGCCAACACCACAAAUGGGAACCUGACAUUUGCAAGGCACAGAGCAUAACUUCUGUAAGUCAAGGUGACAUGUUUGCUCACGAUCUGCUAAUUUUACUUUCCCAAGCAAGUACGAAUCAGGGCUAAACAACUCUCCCCUGGUUUUCAUUAGGAGAACCAAGCUUCCCCUUAGUGUGCCGAAGCAGGCAGUAUCAGGCUGGUCCUCCGUGAGGGGACUGCGUGGGGCCUGAGGCUCUGACCACCACCAGCAUGGAAACAGUCUGCAGGGAUGUAGGAGAAAAGGGAGAGGCAAGCGCGGGUGCGUCUGAGCCAGCGUCUCACCUGAAGGAAAAGCAGCCUGCCCUGAGCCCCACCCCGCAGCUGAAUGUAGCAGAGGAAUAGGCACAUUCCCUGCGCCCCCAAGUGCAAAAGCCCCAGGACUAGGGAGCUAGGAUGAGCCCACAGGUAAGGGCGGGUACCUGCUAAUCUUUGAACCCAUCACGUCCACAAAGCCACGGAAACGUCAGCCACUGUCAUUGAAGAGAAGCUUAGUUUCUCUUGCCCGGUCAUCGCCAUGUCUGUGUUCUUGUGCAGAGCCUCCCUCAAGAGGGAGUUUAGUUAGUUGUGGCCCACGUCAGCUUUGGCGAACUAAAGCGUGCCCAGCUAGGGGUCCUAGAGCUUGCUUUGGGGGAAGGAAGUCCUGUGUCUUAUUUAUUGUUUUGGGGUGGGACCCUGGGGGUAGGGGAGGCGGGGGUGGGGCUCUGUCCCCUGUGGAACUGUGUUCCUUUUUCCGCUUGUGGGAUGUCCUGGUUUGGGGUGAAGUGAAGAGGUCAAAGCGUUGCUGGGACCCUGAAGCUGGGAUCUUGGUAUCAUACCUUUCUGGAAAUAGGGCAGCUGUUGGAGAUGAUUCCGAAUGUGUUUCUGUGGAGUUCUCUGGUUCCUCUAAAAUGUACGAAGGUCCUCAUCCUGUUUCAAGUGUGAACCUUAUACCCUGGUCCCUACUGCUCACCGUCCUUUGCUCCAGCAGGACCCUUAGUCAGGUGCAUUGGAUCCUAAUCAUCACGUUGCACUUAGGUUAGUACAGUGAGAGUCCUGUUGGCUAUUGGUUGAUGCUAGCUUAAAGUUGCAGAGCAUUGUCAUCUACAAGCCAUGGGUCUGUGUGUGUGUGUGUGUGUACCAACAGCUCCCUGUGUCUUUGUGAGCUCCUGUGCUCCACUUGCCUGGGCCCAGAUCCUUUGUUGUGGUAGCCAGGUUCUAGCCACUCCGGAAGUAUCCCUGCUUGUCCCAAGCCUCGUUGCCGUAGGAAGAGCCAGUGUGGUGAUUGAUCCUGGACACACUUCUAAUGCCUUCAGCUGGCAUGGGAGCUGGUGAGCACCUGUUCAGGGGGCAGAGGCACAGCUGGCGGGUACCUGUACAGGGCUGGAAGCCUCAAGCCCCACAGAAUGAAAUGCUCUGUCCCAAAAGAAAACAAAAUCCUAGGAAGAAUUCCAACAUCCAGAAAAGUUCCUGUCAGUUCCAAAAAUGCAUGCUGACUCAUGAAUUUGGCCCAAAUAGAGUGGAGAGAGAGUGUUUCGGUUUUUUGUAUUUUGUAUUUUUUUUUUUAACUGUGAAAAACACGAGAGAAGCAAGCAAGGGUGAGUUCACACUGAGUCCACUGUUUGAGGUGGGGGAAGAGCUUGAGGUAGAAAGGCCCUUUCCUGCCAUUGGGAGGAACGGAGAGAGUGGGUGCUCCCCUAUGUGGGGUUACAUCCAGAAGGAGCCUGGAGACUGGCCACCAGCAGCCCAUGAGCAGGACAGACAGGCUGAGCCCAUGCCUGGGCAGGCAGAGUCUUCGAAGCACACGAGUGCUCAGAGUCAGCCCCCGUGCCUAGAGUGUGUAAUCUGUACAUAGAAAUGCACAGUCCUGCGGUGGGGUCCUUGUGUAAGAAAGGGGUUCUUCCCAAAUCCAGCCUGAGCUCUGUGCAAAAGCAAGGUGUGUUUCAUGCGUCACGAGCCAGCUCACGACCCAGCUCACGACCCUGGGUCCUGUUUCUUAGGGGGAUAAAUAGUGUCCCGGGUUCUCACCCUGGGCCAGGCUCUAUGCCAGGUGUUUGGCCGUACGGCUGCACCUGAGUUAGUUGAUGGUGUGCAGCAGUCAGAGAAGGGGCCUGGGAAUGUAGCUUAGAGCCUAGAGUGCGUGCCUAGCAAGUACCAAGCCCUGGGUUUGCUCCCAGGCACCAAGUGAGCUGGGCAUAGGAGUACACUCCUGUAAUCCCCGCCCUCCGAAGGUUGAGGCAGGAGGAUCAGGAGUUCAAGGCCUUCCUGGAGUACCUGACACCCGUGUACUCUAAAAGUCUCAAAAAUGAAAAAUGUUGACUGGUUUGCGGUUGGCAGGAAGCAUAUUGGUAUGUGGUUUGGGCUGUCAGAAGUGAAGGGGGGUGCUCUAGGUGGGUUUUUGACAAGCACAGCAGGGCUUAGGCACUCGACUUGAGGGAUGCCUGCCUUACUUUCAGCGGGAGGCCAUGGCUCCCACAUGUCACAACUGUGAACCUUCGGGAGCUGGGAUCGAAACUGACCCCAGUGGGAUGACAAAUGACCUUCCAACUGGGGAGGUUAUGUUUAGAAGCACCUAAGUCACGUUGAACCGGAACUACUGUAUGAUUGGUGCAGUCAAGAAGCUGCCUGGUGGCAUUUGAGGUCAAGGACUAAGAGAUGACUGCCAUGGUCGAAGAGAGGAAGUCAUGAAAGUCGGCCCACAGGAGAGAGCAGCAUCGUUGGAGGGAGACUGGCUGACCAACACGAGGAAAGUCUUCAAAGAUGCUGUCUGUUCAAGUGUGAAGCUCCAGAGCGGGCACUUGAGGAUCACCCCUGGCAUGUGGCUUUUGGGUACUUCCUGAAGCCACCUGCCCGGUAGUGACGUGUCCGGGUCUCUGUAACUGUGGGUUGUUAACUAAAGCAGUAAAGCUGGACAGCCAAGUUGUCCUUGGCUUAGUGUCCCAUAACACACUCAAAACUAGGGACUUUAUCCCUGUUUCUAAAUUUAUGUUGAUUUUUUUCUUUUUAGGCCAGAGCACUUCUUUGGGAAGAAGGACAAUACAGAGUUUUGUAUUUUGGUAUUAUAUUUAAAACAGCCUGCAAUAGCAGAUACUUUCUCUACCUGAAAGCUUUUUUUUUUCUUCUUCUUCUUCUUCUACUUAUUCUCCCGUGUUCUUCUUUGGGAAGGUAGGGCCAGGAAUGGAACCCAGGGCUUGCACAUACCAGGCAAGUGCUAGAUGGUAGAGCUACACCGCCUCUCAUUCCUUCUUUCUUGACAAUACCUUUCUAAGGUUCUCAUCAGCGUGUUUGGAGACAGAAAUGAUUUUGUAGUUUGUCUUUGGGUAUGUAUGUUCGUUCUUUCCCUUUCUUUUCUCAGAUCCCAAAGGGGAGGGGGGAGGUAACAGUGGGAACAUAGAAGUUAAAAUAAUAGCUUUAAGCCUUUAAAAAUAACUGGUUGAAAUAAUAGAAACCUGAAAGUAUUAAAUGCCUGUCGAUUCAGAUUCAUCGUACUUCAGUGUCUCCACAGGGUUACGCUCCGUUAUGUCUGAUGAAAACUCUUUCCUGGAGAGUAGCCUGUGAAACCAAAGGGAGAUGGACCCUUUAGGUCUGAAAGAGGCAGGUCCUGGCCUACACCUGUUACAUUGGGCAUUUUCCAAGAGGACAUUUCCAAGGGGCUGCCUGGUAGACUCUGCUAUAAUUUUGGAUGAUGGGCUUAAUGCCAUUGUUCUGAGUGGUUGAGGGUGGGGUGAGAAUAGUGGGAUGGAGCCAGUUUGUCAGGGGGAACUGAACCCACUCGCUUAGCUUUUGGGGCAUUACCUAGGCCUGUUGUACAGAGAAAAGGGCCAGUUCGCCAUGAGGUGCUGCGAGUUUGGGUGAUACAUGUGUGUUGCAGGCCUGACAGCUAAGUGGAGACGAGGCUGCAUUGCGAGCUCCACCCCCUUUGUCCUGGACUCUGUUCUGUGCGCCUUUAAACCAACAUCCAGGUUGACUGUGUAAAAGCCAUCAUGAGAAUGUUAUUUAAAGCUGUAUUAUGAUGUCACCUCCACUAAUUAUUCCGUACUGUAGUAGCAAAGUAUUAUUUGUAAGAAUUCGGUUAUUUUUAUACUUAUAUCCACUCUUAAGUCUGGCGUUCUAGUCAGCAAAAAUGAUGCAAUAAAAUUAAUAUCAUCCCCACUGGUUUUCUCUUCAAAAAAGCAAA